GCAGCUCGGCCAAUCAGCAUCGGCGUCGUCCCAUGAAGCAACAUCGUCGUGGUGUAUUUCCCGCGAACAUCUCAAGUUUGUUCAAUUUUGUUGUGCUUAAGUCAACCGACGUCGAAAAACACUUCUGAUUAAAUAGUUUAACGCACAGGGAUUGCAGCCAUGGCUGACACACAAUAUAACUAUAGUGGAGGAUAUGCCAGUGGUGGCAGCGGUGGUGGUAGUAGUGGUGGUGGUGGUGCAAGCAGCUAUGGGGGCUAUAGCAAUGCUUCAGGAGCUGCUCCCCCUCCAGCUUCUUCCUACACACAACCGCAAUAUGGUGGAUAUUCAGCACCGCCACCUCAGGGUUACUCACCGAACCAGGCUCCUUAUGCAGCACCACCUUCCUACGGUGCUCCCCCUCCACAAGGUGGCCAUGGGAGCUCAUACAGUGGGUAUGGGAUGCAGCAGCAGACACAGCCGCCAGUUCAGCCUGCAGCAGGCAGUGGAGGAUACAGCAGUUAUGGUGGACAGUCACAAGGGUAUGAACAAAAUAGUAACUACCAGUCCAGUAACUAUGGUCAACCACCAACCAGCAACUAUGGUGGACAACAAGCCAGUACCUAUGGUAGUCAACCCAGUGCUAACUACUCUGCCCUUCAGCCUCAAGGAAACUAUGGUGGUCCACCACCACAGGGAAACUAUGGUGGUCCGCCAUCAGGUGGAAAUUAUGGGGGGCCCCAGGGUCCUAACUAUGGUGCCCCACCACCACCAUCAAAUGGAAAUUAUGGUGGCCAAGGUGGUGGAUUUAACAAAGAUGGCAGUGGGAACUACGGGGGGAGCCGGUUUGAUGGUGACAGCCGUGGUGGCAAUGGUGACCGCUUCCGUGGAGAAUCUUCAGACUUGGUGAUGCAAGAGGACACAAUAUUUGUGUCUGGCAUGCCUGCAAAUGCAACAGAAGAAAAUAUUAAAGAACAUUUUGGCUCUAUUGGAAUAAUUAAGAUGGACAAGAGAACGCAGCGGCCAAAAAUUUGGAUGUAUAAGGACAAAGCUACAGGCCGCAUGAAGGGAGAGUGCACAGUCACAUUUGACGAUCCCUUCACUGCUAAGUCUGCCAUACAGUGGUUUGAUGGAAAGUCAUUCAUGGGACGCACAAUCAAGGUCCAGAUGGCAGAGAGACCAAAGAGCAGUUACGAACGCGGACGGGGUGGCUUUGGUGGCGAGACCGGAGAUCGUGGUGCUGGCAGUGGUGGGAGUAGUGGUGGUGGUGGUCGAGGCCGUGGUGGUGGCGGUAGCAGCGGCGGUGGUGGAGGAGGGGGUGGAGGCGGAGGUGAUAGAGGCUUUGACCGUCGUGGUGGUCCUCCUGGUCGUGGGGGUGGUGAUCGCGGUGGUGGAGAUCGUGAUGGUCCUCCAAGUGGUGGUCGAGGACGUGCAGGUGAUUGGAGAUGUCCUGUACCAAGUUGUGGAAAUAACAACUUUGCUUGGCGCAACAGCUGUAAUAGGUGUAAUGAGCCCAAGCCUGCUGGAGCGGGUGGUGAUGAUGAUAGUGGAAGUGGUGGAGGUGGAGACCGUGGAGGUUUCAGGGGUGGAUUCCGUGGACGUGGAGAUCGUGGAGGAUUCAGAGGCCGUGGUGGUGACCGUGGCGGAAGAGGCGGCUUCAGAGGCCGUGGUGGCUAUGGAGAUCGUGAUGGAGACCGCGAUUCUGGUGGCCCAAUGAAGGGUGACCGUGGACCAGGAAGGUCUCGACCUUAUUAAUGCCCAGUGGAGGAGUGUGUGUGUGUGUAUGGACAGGGGAUGGAAGAGCCCCUAUUCUGACCACUUUUGCAGUAGUAAUAUACAAUUAUAUCAUUUAAAAAUUCAUGGCAAGUGCUGUGGAAAAGGAUCUUGAGGUAAGACAAUUGAGUUUACAGGAAUUUUUUUAAUAAAUAAGGUCUUAUGUAUUGUACCAAUAAAAUAGGAACAAACUAGUGUCAGCAGAAGGUACAAAAUCAACAGCAUAGUUGUUAAGCUGAGAAAUGUGUAGAUACUGUACUCCAUUCUGCAGCAUUGAAACAGGCACUCAUAUUUGAAGUUCAAUUCUUGCUGCUGAUAUGGCAUUUUUUUAUAAUUCAAGAAUUUUAUGUAACAGUUGAUGUCUCAUGUUGAGGGUUUUCUUUAUGUAUCAAUAAAGUUCAAAUGCGU